UACACUUUUCUUUGGAACGCAAACUUACUCUGGUAGAUUAUUACGUAAAAAGGAUUUUCAAGGAACUGAAUAUUACCCAAAAAAAUGUUCUUCGACAAAUUUGUCCGAAAAUUGCCAUCCGUAAGGGCGCAGGAAGCUGACGAAGAGCUCGUAGAUCCCCAGGAGGUUCUAAGGGAAAAAUGCCGGGAAUCGCAACACUGUAAGGAAUUAGCCGAAAGAUAUCAGAUUUGCAAUGAUAGAGUAAACUCGCGCAGCCAAACAGCCGAAACCUGUACUGAAGAACUUUUUGACUUGCUCCAUGCUGUAGAUCACUGCGUCACCAAAGACCUCUUUAGCAAACUUAAAUAAAACUGCUCCAUAUGGGUAGCAUUUGAUUUUUCUCGUACACUGCUUCAAUAUGUUUGUGAAAUGUAGCAAAACUAUUACAAAUAAACCCCGCAGUAGGUAA